AACGCAGAAUAUUUGUUAAAGCAUUAUGGUGUGAAUCUUGAACCUCAUCUUUUAUAGUUCUUAUCUAGUUUUGUUUUGUAAGCAUCAAUGGGGGCACCCAUGUCUUCUUUGUUCUUCCUCCUCCUCCUUCUACUUCUACUCCCCCCUUCUUUAUCAAUGGCAUCAAAGCCACCACCACCAACCCCAUCAGAGUGGCCACUCCAAUUCCACUCCCUCAUAUGGUACAACAGAACCGGUGUCCUCCAGAAGGUGGAGCUAUGGUACGACUUCAUAAAUGGCAGAAACUUGAACAUCAUCGAAGAACAACUCACGAAUCAUGUGUUGUACGAUGUUGAGUGGGACAAUGGCACCUCCUUCUACUACACUCUUGAUCCUUAUCAGAGGGAGUGUGAUGUGAAGCAUUUUCCUGUUGGGAUUCUGAGGCCAAAUUGGCUUCAUGGUGCUACUUAUUUGGGUCAGAGGAUGGUUGAUAACUUUCUUUGCAAUGUUUGGGAGAAGGUUCAUUUCAUUCGCUAUUAUGAGCAUGUUGCAACUAAAAGGCCUGUUAAGUGGGUCUUCUUUGAAGGUCCACCGGGGUACACUGCACAUGUGAUGACAUUUGAGGUUGGUGCAGUUCUUGAUGAUCCAAAUUGGCAAGCUCCUGUUUACUGUUUCACUGACGAGGCUAAGAAGGAAAAUCCCAAUCCCAAGAUUGCUUCUCUCCAGAGUUUGAUCAUGACAUGGAUAUCCCUUUGGAAAACGGCAACUGUGUAAUAGUUAGUAAAAUGCUUAAUUACAUUGUGUUUUAGGAUUUGUUUCCUUUGUGUUGUUUUUUCUUAAUUGAUGUUUUCGGCAAAAAUUACGAAAUAUAAAAUGCACCGCAUGUACGUGAAUGCGACCUAUCUUUUAGAAGUAAA